AUGUCUACUUUCCCACAUUUCGGAACUGCUGCUAUCCACGUUGGACAAGAACCAGAACAAUGGGAUAUGAAUCAGGUUGUCCCACCAAUCAGCAUGUCCUCAACCUACAAACAAGAUCAACCAGGAGAACCAAAAGGACACGAUUACUCUCGUGCUGGAAAUCCAACUCGUGAUGUUCUUCAGAAGAAUUUGGCUGCUCUAGAAGAUGCCAAGCACUGCCAGGUGUUUGCCUCUGGACUCGCUGCCACCUCUGCCAUCAUUAAUCUUUUGAAAACCGGAGAUCACAUUGUCUGCUCUGAUGACGUUUAUGGAGGAACUCAAAGAUAUAUUCGUCGUGUUGCCGUUCCAAAUCACGGAUUGGAAGUCGAUUCAGUUGAUUUGACUGAUGUUAAGAAUUUGGAGAAGGCAAUCAAGCCAAACACCAAGAUGGUUUGGUUCGAGUCCCCAUCGAAUCCACUUCUGAAAGUUGUUGAUAUUGCCGCAGUCGUUCAAGUUGCCAAGAAGGCGAAUCCAGAAAUCUUCGUAGUUGUUGACAACACCUUCAUGUCUCCAUAUUUCCAACGUCCAAUUUCUCUUGGAGCUGACGUCGUUGUUCACUCGAUUACAAAGUACAUCAAUGGACAUUCUGAUGUUGUAAUGGGAGCUGUUAUCACUGAUAAUGAUGAAUUCCAACAACAUCUUUUCUUCAUGCAAUUAGCCGUCGGAGCAGUCCCAUCCCCAUUCGAUUGUUUCCUUGUGAACCGUGGACUCAAGACUCUUCAUAUCAGAAUGAGAGCUCAUUAUGAGAAUGCAUUGGCUGUAGCCAAGUAUCUUGAAGCCAAUGAUCGUAUCGAAUCAGUCCUUUAUCCAGCACUUGAAUCUCAUCCACAACACCAAGUUCAUCAAAAACAAACGAAAGGAAUGUCUGGAAUGAUUUCAUUCUAUUUGAAGGGAGAACUCCAACAGAGUCGUUCAUUUUUGUCUGCUCUCAAAGUAUUCACAUUGGCUGAAUCUCUCGGAGGAUAUGAAUCACUUGCUGAACUUCCAUCCAUUAUGACUCAUGCUUCAGUGCCUGCUGAAACUCGUGCUGUUCUUGGAAUCACUGACAAUCUCAUUCGUAUUUCUGUCGGAAUUGAGGAUCUCGAUGAUUUGAUUGCUGAUUUGGAUCAAGCUCUGAAAAUUGCCAUCCCAAAAGUCUAA